AUGCAAAGGGUGAAGAAGAUGAAGGAUAAAUUUUUUAAACAAAAUCAUGGGUUGUUGGUGCAGCAGUUGGUAUCACAGAAUUCAGAUAUUGGUGAAAGGAUGAUAAUUACAUUAGAAGAGCUUGAGAAGGCCACAAAUAAUUUUGAUAGAUCUCGUGUGAUUGGUGGUGGAGGCCAUGGCAUCGUGUUUAAAGGAAUUAUUGACCUUCAUGUUGUUGCAAUUAAGAAAUCAAAGAUUAUAGUACAGAGAGAAAUCAAUGAGUCCAUAAAUGAAGUUGUGGUUCUUUCUCAAGUCAACCAUAGAAAUGUGAUGAAGCUCUUAGGAUGUUGCCUUGAGGCAGAAGUUCCAUUGCUUGUUUAUGAGUUCAUUUCAAAUGGGACACUUUGUCACCAUCUUCACGUUGAAGCAUCCAUAUCAAUACCAUGGGAUCAUCGCAUAAGGAUUGCAUUGGAAGUUGCUAGAGCACUAUCCUAUUUACACUCAGCUAUAUCGAUACCAAUAUUUCAUAGAGAUAUUAAGUCAUCCAACAUACUGCUUGACGAUAAUUUAACUGCAAAAGUAUCAGACUUUGGAGCUUCUCGACAUAUCCCAAUUGACAAAAUAGGAGUUACUAUAGCUGUUCAAGGAACAAUUGGUUACUUGGAUCCAAUGUACUAUUAUACAGGCCGACUAACAGAUAAGAGCGAUGUAUUCAGCUUUGGUGUUCUUCUUAUAGAAUUACUUACUCGAAAGAAACCAUAUGUCUACCGAUCCAUAGACGAUGAUGGUCUUGUUUCACAUUUUGUCUCGCUGCUUGCAGAAGGCAAUCUAGUUGAGAUAAUGGAUCCUCAAGUCAUAAAGGAGGAAGAUGGAGACAUGCACAAAGUAGCUACAGUAGCAGCAAUGUGCACAAAAUUGAAUAGUGAAGAUAGGCCUACAAUGAGGGAAGUGGAAAUGAUUCUUGAGAACUUGAUAGUUAAGAAGAAAUACAAUGGUACAAAACCAAGAAAUCAUGGGCUACUAUUGCAGCAGCUUGUAUCGCAUAAUGGAGACAUUGGAGAAAGGAUGACAAUUACUUUAAGAGAUCUAGAGAAGGCUACAAACAAUUUUGAUAAAGCACGUGUGAUUGGUGGAGGAGGGCAUGGCGUUGUGUUCAAAGGAAUUAUUGAUCUAAAGGUCAUGGCAAUCAAGAAAUCAAGGAUUACAGUAGAAAGGGAGAUCAAUGAAUUUAUAAAUGAAGUCGCCAUUCUUUCUCAGGUCAAUCAUAGAAAUGUGGUGAAGCUAUUAGGAUGUUGCCUUGAGACAAAAGUCCCGUUACUAGUUUAUGAAUUUAUCUCAAAUGGAACCCUCUAUCAACAUCUCUAUGUUGAAGGACCAAUGUCACUACCAUGGGUUGACCGAAUAAGGAUUGCAUUGGAAGUUUCUAGAGCUCUAUCCUACCUACAUUGA